AUGUCUUUCUUUGGCUUCGAUACUAAUCUGCCUAGGGACCGCGAUCGCGGUCCCGCCGCUGCCCGGGGCUUUUUCGAGAACCCCGACCCCUUCGCCGACAUUGCCAGAGCUACAGCGGUCGAAGAUGAUGGCAUUGACUUCGAGGAUACCUAUGAUGGCCUAGGAGACCAGCUUGAUGACGAUCAAGAUGCUUUCAACGACGAUACAUUUGGUGGUGGUGGUGGUGGUGGAAAUACCGGAGCUGGAGCUGGAGCCGGAGCUGCUGUCGGCCGGGACUUUGAUUUCUUCGGUAGAACUGCUGAGGUUUCAAAUGCAAUUGACGAGGAGCAAAUGCGCUAUGCCCUCCAAAACCCCCAAGCCGCCCGGGCUCCCCCGGCCGCACCGCAGGACACCUAUGUACCUGCCCAGCACGACGCCGAACCGACCAUCAAGCGCACCGGAUAUGAGAAGUACUCGGACCCUGGUUACAUCCCCGAUUUACAGGCCAAAUCCAGCGUGUGGGGAAUCGCACAAGAGAAGCGGGAUCCGAGUCCAGCAAUGAUCCCCACGAUGCCAGCAGCGAAUCGGAAGAUGAUGAGCCUGGAAGAGGUUGAAGCCCAAAUGCGUAAUCGAGGCCAAGCUUUCGGACCUGAAACAACGCAAUCGAUUCCUCAGUCCAUGCCUGACAUGUCCUUUCCCCGCCAUCCUCAAGGACUCCCGAUGCUACCUGAUGGGUUCCCAGGUAAUAUUCCUCCGGAGAUCCUCCGGGCUCACCUUGAAAAGGGCGGACUUCCACCCCACCUCGCACACAUGCCAGACCCCCGGGCGAUGUAUGGUAGCCCCGGGCCUAUGAUGCCUGGGCAACCAUUACAGCAGUUCGACCAAAACAACCGCCCUCCCCAGGACUUGCCAGCUCAAGAUCCCCGCCAUCCGGGUCCGCCUCCAGUCCAGAGACAGCAUGUGCCACCCCCGCCCUCUCGCGGACCAAACGGUGGACUGCCUGUGAUUACCAACACUGAACAGCUUAUUCAUCUAACAGAGGAGCAAAGGAAUGCCUAUCUCAUGGAGGACGCCAAGAGAGCGAAGCGCAACCAUAAAAUCUUCCUUUUGUCACGAGGCAAUGGCUUGAUGACACCCCAGGACAAGAACUUCAUUACCCGUAUUCAGCUUCAACAGCUCGUGGCUGCUGCUGGAAAUGUGGUAGAUGCAGACCCUGAAGCUGUGCUGGCGGAGGACUUCUAUUAUCAGGUCUAUAGCCAGAUUCGCGGUGCGCCCCGCCAACAUCCUCACCAGCCCUUGGGUCAUUUUGCUCAAACCUAUCUUCUCCAAACUGGCAAUCGGAUCGGCGGCCAUGGAAACCGCCGGGCUUUUAACAACGCGGACAACCAUAUGCAGCGUAUGCAGCAGCAAGUCCAGCGUGCUGUCGAGGCGGCCAAGGCUAAGCCAAAGAACAAGCAGCUUAUCAUUGAAGGCAGCUUGGGUAAAAUUUCCUUCAGCAAUGCCAAAGCCCCGAAGCAUAUGCUCAACAUCAAGCGACCCGAUAGCUCGGAAGGUGCCCGUCCCAAGAAGUUGCAAUCCAAUCUGAGUAUUGGAGACCGCAAAUCUCUGCUGGGCAACAUUGAGGCUGUCUACAACGCCCUGAUGUCCAUGGAGGAUAUGGAACGCACAAUGCCACCACCCCCAGAGGAGGGCGACACAGAGGCUAUUCAAGAGCACAUGGAAUGGCGACAAAAGGUUCAAUCACUUAACCAAAAACUGUGGCAAGCUCUCAAGGUCAUGGAGCCCAUUGUUCCUAAUUCAACAACUCCACACCCUUUCAUUGCAUUCUUAUCAUACCCCAAGGGUAAGAAAGCCAUCCCUCGUAUCUUCCGUCACAUCGACCAGGAGCAACGGGUCACUAUUCUUACCAUGAUCGUGGUCCACUUGGAUACCUUGGAUGUUGUUCAUCUUGCACAAGCAUCCGGUCCCAAUGAUUCCCAGCUGCCCGUGGCUGUGCGUGAAGCCAUUGAUUUAUUCUCUCUUGCUGUGAUGCCAAGCUUGCUGGGCUACGUGAACGAGGCCCCCUUCAACAUCAUCAUUGGUUUGUUGGGUCUGGUGAUUGCUCAAACCCAAGUCCUUGCGGUGGCUCGCACUAAGAUUGGUCUGGGCAUCCUGACCAUGUUGCUUAGCCGAGCCGAGAUUGUCAAGGAGGCAGGACAAGCGUCUGAGCGUGAUUGGCAACAAUGGGUAGAGAAGUUCAAUGUUCUCUUCGACAUGCUGGAGCCCAGCCUGGUUCAUAUCUUCCCUGGCUCGAUCAAUUCUGGAGACGACAUGUACGUGUGGCAAUUCCUUGCCGCCGUUGGUAUUGGUGCUAGCCCCGAGCAACAACAGCGCCUGGUCAUUGCUGUCAAGGACCGUGUCAUGGAAACUGUCAGCUACAGCAAAUCUCUCCCCGCUGACAUGGCCAGCCAGCGCCUGGGCAAUGUUAACCUGUUCAUGCGAGCCAUUGGUUUGGACGUGGAGCUUCUUGGUUAA